AUGCCAGAAAAGCGGCAUUUUCACACUAUCUUCACAAGAAAUGCUCCAAACAUCCUGAGGAUUCUAGAGCGCUACGUUCAAGACCAGAUCCCCGGCGCUAAAGUGGUCGUGGAGUCCAUCGGGCCUCGUCGCUAUGGAGACAGCUUUGAGCAAGAAGACUAUUCCAAGUCAGACCUCAUGGUGUACGCCAUCGACCCCCUGACCAAUCGCGCGCUGUCCCGUCAGGAGCUCUACAAGUUUCUGGACGGGAAGCUACUGGACAUCAACAAGGAGUUCCAGCCAUACCUGGGCCGCGGCGGGCGUAUCCUGGAGAUCCGCACACCAGACGUGGUGGCCAGCGUGAAGAAGUCGGUGCAGACGGUGGGCUACACGGAGGGCGCGCUCCUGGCCCUGGCCAUCAUCAUCAUCCUCUGCUGCAUCCCCGCCAUCCUCAUUGUCAUCUUCACCUACAGACAAUUUAAAGAGCGACAGGCAGAAUGUGCGAAAACAGCUCGGAUCCAAAUGGUUUUGCCAACGGGCAAAUCUGUGGGCGCCGCCACCAACAAUCUCUAUGAGGAGCUGGGCGACAGCACCAUGAGAGGCUACGGACAUCAGGAGCAGCAACAACUUCUGCGACCUUCUCUGUUGCGCCCUGAGGAGCUCUCAAUGGAGUCGGGCAUCGACCCUGGGCAGGACUAUUACACCCAGGAUUACUAUAAUUAUGAACACGGGUAUGACCUCCCUCAGUAUGGCAGCCGCAGGAAGUUGAUCUCCCCAACGGGAAUGUAUGACGAGUACGGAGAGGUCAUCAUGGAGGACGACGGCAGCUACUACUACAGCCCACAGGACUCUGAGGGCGAGUAUGGGAGAAAGAAGCGCAUCAGACUGGUGGUGGACAGGGAGUACGAGACCAGCUCCACGGGUGAAGAGAGCGCCCCCGAGACGCAACGCGGGCGACCGCCGGGCGCCCCCCCUACCCAUGGCACGACCUCCAGCACGAGCGUGAACGGCAGCGUGUACCUGGCGCAGAACGGCUCGGUGGUGCGCACUCGUCGCUCCGUGCUGGCCAACAGCUUCAAGCCCGGCGGCGGUAGCGGCAUUGGCCUCGGCAUCGGUUCGCCGUCUCGCCUGGCCAAGCACUUCCGCAAGCUGGACCGGCUGGCAGUCACACAUGAGGAGAGGCUUCCACUCAACAGCCCCAACCUGUCAGACUCUGCACCCGAGCACGACGGCACCUCCAGUAACCCCGGGGCUGUCGCCACAACGCCGGACGUGGUCGCCGCCGCCAUCGUCGAGCGGAACGACCUCAGCGGCGGCGGAAGUCUCGGCAGGGCCGGCGGAAGUCUCGGCAGGGCAGGCGGCAGUGGUGGUGGCGAUGAUGGUAGUGCCGGCGGUGGUGGCGGCCCCUCUCUAGCCUCCAGUGCCUCAGCAACCGAGAGCUCAGGGUCGAAGGUCAACCUGACUCUCACCCAGGCGCCUGACCGGACGAGCGAGUCCGGCGAGCAGGAGUCGGCCGUGGACAACGAGGAGCCGUCACCGGCGCAGCUGGUGACCGAGUCGCACAGCGACCGGACGCAGUCCGACGAAGAGGAAUUGUGGAUGGGGCCUUGGAAUAACCUGCACAUACCAAUGACCAAACUGUGA